AGCCCCGUGGCCAGCGAGGGCCUUUCUGUGUGGAGUUUGCAUGUUCUCCCUGUGGGUUUCCCCCACAGUUCAAAGACAUGCAGGUUAGGUUAUAUAUAUAGGAUUCAUUUGGCACAUGAUUCGAAGACUCGGUUUCGUCUGACCAUCACGAAAUAAUUUGAAAGAGUCGAUUCAUUCCCUGAACGACACAUCAUCGGAGUGAGUCUGUUUUCCGGAAGUGAAAGUGUUUCUCUUUCAGCCUCGACGCCAUUUUCUUGCUGUUGGGAGAAAAUAAUAAUAAAAACUCCAACUCCAGGCAGAACCGAUCUAAACAAGAUACAAGCCAAAGACCUCUCCAGUCCCAGCACUUCAGGUGGAAGUAAGGGAGAUGCCACUGGACCUCAGGCGACUGAAAUGAUCAGUAUCAUACUGGCUAAACCUACAGGGUCAUGAAGACAAUCACCCAACCAAACAGGAGUUUAAUUCAUUCAAUCCAAGGGCUCAGCGUCUUCAGGAGUCAGCAGUGAGUUCGAGCUGUGUGUCCAUACACUAAUAUUCAAAAAUGGAGAGCCGUGAUCUGGACACAGAUAAUGUGACCCCACCCUCAGAAAAGCAUAAACUCCAGAGAAAGAGAUCAGACUCACCAGAACCCAGCUGUGUCUCCAUGAAGAGUGAUGCGUCUAUGGAUCGUCCAUUGAACUUGAAAAAUAGAGACUCCUCAUCUGUCCACAGUAAACUCCAGAUGAAGAAAUCGGACUCACCAGAACCCAGCUGUGUCUCCAUGAAGAGUGAUGCGUCUAUGGAUCGCCCUUUGAACUUGAAAAAUAGAGACUCCUCAUCUGUACACAGUAUUUUACAGAAGGCAGGAGACGGAAGAAAAAAGACCAUCACAGAUACAGGACACGCCCCAGAAUCUGCUGCUGGAAAUGAAGACCAGAAAAAGUUCAAAUUAAAUCUGAUGAAGAAGUUUCAGUGUUUAAAUGAAGUGAUGAUAAAGCAGGAAAACCGUGUGCUCCUGAAUGAGAUCUACACAGAGCUCUACAUCACAGAGGGAGACAGUGGAGACGUCAAUAAAGAACAUGAGGUGAGACGGAUCGAGGCAGCGUCCAGGAGAAAAAACGAGGAAACACCGAUCAAAUACAACGACAUCUUUAAGCCCUUAUCUGAAGAAGAUGAACCCAUCAGAACUGUAAUGACAAAGGGAGUGGCUGGUAUCGGAAAAACAGUCUCUGUGCAGAGGUUCAUUGUGGACUGGGCUGAAGGGAAAGCAAAUCAGGACGUCCCCCUCAUAUUUCCACUUCCUUUCAGAGAGCUGAAUCUGAUGAAGGACCAAAAACUGAGUCUGAUGGAGCUCCUUCAUGUCUGCUUUAAGGAAACCAAAAAAACAGAAAUGUCCAGGUUGGAAAAGGUUCUGUUCAUUUUUGAUGGAUUGGAUGAGUGUCGUUUCCCUCUGGAUUUCCAGAACACAGUGAGUGUGUGUGAUGUAACUGAAUCAGCAUCAGUGCGUGUGCUGCUGAUAAACCUGAUCAAAGGGAAUCUGCUUCCCUCUGCUCUCAUCUGGAUCACCUCCCGACCAGCAGCAGCUGAUCAAAUCCCCUCUGAGUACGUCCAUCGAGUCACAGAGGUACGAGGGUUCAAUGACCCACAGAAGGAGGAGUACUUCAGGAAGAGGAUCAAUGAUCAGAGCCUGGCCGAGAACAUCAUCACACACCUGAAGUCAUUAAGAAGUCUCUACAUCAUGUGUCACAUCCCAGUCUUCUGCUGGAUUUCAGCCGCUGUUCUAGAGAGAAUGUUGGGUGAAGCAGAGAGUGGAGAGAUCCCCAAGACUCUGACUCAAAUGUACACACACUUCCUCAUCAUUCAGACAAACAUCAGAGGAAAGUACUCAAAGAAGCAGGAGAGUGAUGAAGAAAUGCUUCUUAAACUGGGAAAACUGGCUUUUGAGCAGCUGGAGAAAGGCAACCUGAUCUUCUAUGAGGAAGACCUGAGAGAGUGUGGCAUUGAUGUGAGAGAAGCAGCAGUGUACUCCGGUGUGUGUACGCAGAUCUUCAGAGAGGAGGUUGGGCUUCACCAGAGUAAAGUGUACUGCUUUGUUCAUCUGAGUGUUCAGGAGCAUCUUGCAGCUCUGUAUGUGCAUCUGACCUUCAUGACGGAAAAGAGAAAUGUUCUUGAUCAGAGACGGUCCAAGACAAUUUCAGAUGUACACAGGAGUGCUGUAGAUCAGACCUUAAAAAGUCAGACUGGACAUCUUGAUCUGUUCCUCCGCUUUCUUCUGGGUCUCUCACUGGAGUCCAAUCAGAAACUCUUAAAUGCCUUAGUAACACAGACAGGAAGUAGCUCCCAGAGCAAAGAGGAAACAGUUCAGUACAUUAAGAAGAUGAUCAGUCAAAAUCUUCCUGCAGAAAAAUCCAUCAAUCUGUUCCACUGUCUGAAUGAACUGGGUGACGAUUCUCUAGUGGAGGAAAUCCAACACUACCUGAAAUCUGGAAAACAAAGUAAACUCUCUCGUUCACAGUGGUCUGCUCUGGUGUUUGUGUUACUGACUUCAGCACAGGAGCUGGAGGAGUUUGACCUGAGUAAAUAUACCAGUACAGAGAAGAUAACAGAUGAGGUUAUUGUGAAGGUGAUGCCUGUGAUUGCAGCAUCCAGAAAAGCAAUGAUCAGUUGUGAUACGAUUAAAGGGAGAAGCGCUGAAGCUCUGGUCUCAGUGCUCAACUCAGAAACCUCCAGUCUGAGAGAACUGCAUCUGACUGUGAAGACACUGGAUCUGUCUCGGAAUAAACUAGAAGACUCAGGAGUGAAGCGUCUCUGUGCUGUACUGGAGAAUCCUCACUGUAAAGUGGAGAAACUGAGGUUGUGUGAUUGUGGUGUCUCAGAUGAAGGCUGUGCUGCUCUGAGUUCAGCUCUGAGAUCAAACCCCUCACACCUGAGAUACCUGAAUCUGUCAAAGAAUAAUCUGGGAGACUCAGGAGUGAAGCGUCUCUGUGCUGGACUGGAGAAUCCUCACUGUAAACUGGAGACACUGAGGUUGUGGGGUUGUGGUGUCUCAGAUGAAGGCUGUGCUGCUCUGAGUUCAGCUCUGAGAUCAAACCCCUCACACCUGAGAGAACUGAAUCUGUCCUAUAAUAAUCUGGGAGACUCAGGAGUGAAGCGUCUCUGUGCUGUACUGGAGAAUCUUCACUGUAAACUGGAGACACUGGGGUUGUGUGGUUGUGGUGUCUCAGAUGAAGGCUGUGCUGCUCUGAGUUCAGCUCUGAGAUCAAACCCCUCACACCUGAGAGACCUGAAUCUGACUGAUAAUAAUCUGGGAGACUCAGGAGUGAAGCGUCUCUGUGCUGUACUGGAGAAUCCUCACUGUAAACUGGAGAAACUGUGGAUCAGUUGUGAUGCAAUUAAAGGAAGAAGUGCUGAAGCUCUGGUCUCAGUGCUCAACUCAGAAACCUCCAGUCUGAGAGAACUGCAUCUGACUGUGAAGACACUGGAUCUGUCUCAGAAUAAACUAGAAGACUCAGGAGUGAGGCAUCUUUGUGCUGUACUGGAGAAUCCUCACUGUAAAGUGGAGACACUGGUGUUGCGGCGUUGUGGUGUCUCAGAUGAAGGCUGUGCUGCUCUGAGUUCAGCUCUGCGAUCAAACCCCUCACACCUGAGAGACCUGGAUCUGACUAAUAAUAAUCUGGGAGACUCAGGAGUGAAGUGUCUCUGUGCUGUACUGGAGAAUCCUCACUGUAAACUGGAGAAACUGUGGUUGUGUGGUUGUGGUGUCUCAGAUAAAGGCUGUGCUGCUCUGAGUUCAGCUCUGAGAUCAAACCCCUCACACCUGAGAGACCUGGAUCUGUCUGAUAAUAAUCUGGGAGACUCAGGAGUGAAGCGUCUCUGUGCUGUACUGGAGAAUCCUCACUGUAAACUUGAGACACUGAGAAUCAGUUGUGAUGCAAUUGAAGGGAGAAGUGCUGAAGCUCUGGUCUCAGUGCUCAACUCAGAAACCUCCAGUCUGAGAGAACUGCAUCUGACUGUGAAGACACUGGAUCUGUCUGGGAAUAAACUAGAAGACUCAGGAGUGAAGCGUCUCUGUGCUGUACUGGAGAAUCCUCACUGCAAAGUGGAGACACUGAGGUUGUGUGGUUGUGGUGUCUCAGAUGAAGGCUGUGCUGCUCUGAGUUCAGCUCUGAGAUCAAACCCCUCACACCUGAGAGAACUGGAUCUGUCCUUUAAUAAUCUCAGAAUUUCAGGAGUGAAGCGUCUCUGUGCUGUACUGGAGAAUCCUCACUGUAAACUGGAGAAACUGUGGAUCAGUUGUGAUACAAUUGAAUGGAGCAGCGCUGAAGCUCUGGUCUCAGUGCUCAACUCAGAAACCUCCAGUCUGAGAGAACUGCAUCUGACUGUGAAGACACUGGAUCUGUCUGGGAAUAAACUAGAAGACUCAGGAGUGAAGCGUCUCUGUGCUGUACUGGAGAAUCCUCACUGUAAAGUGGAGACACUGAGGUUGCGGCAUUGUGGUGUCUCAGAUAAAGGCUGUGCUGCUCUGAGUUCAGCUCUGAGAUCAAACCCCUCACACCUGAGAGAACUGGAUCUGACUGAUAAUAAUCUGGGAGACUCAGGAGUGAAGCGUCUCUGUGCUGUACUGGAGAAUACUCACUGUAAACUGGAGACACUGUGGUUGCGGCGUUGUGGUGUCUCAGAUGAAGGCUGUGCUGCUCUGAGUUCAGCUCUGAGAUCAAAACCCUCACACCUGAGAGACCUGGAUCUGACUGAUAAUAACCUGGGAGACUCAGGAGUGAAGCGUCUCUGUGCUGUACUGGAGAAUCCUCACUGUAAACUGGAGGCACUGGGGUUGCGGCGUUGUGGUGUCUCAGAUGAAGGCUGUGCUGCUCUGAGUUCAGCUCUGAGAUCAAACCCCUCACACCUGAGAUACCUGAAUCUGUCUUAUAAUAAUCUGGGAGACUCAGGAGUGAAGCGUCUCUGUGCUGUACUGGAGAAUCCUCACUGUAAACUGGAGACACUGGGGUUGCGGCGUUGUGGUGUCUCAGAUGAAGGCUGUGCUGCUCUGAGUUCAGCUCUGAGAUCAAACCCCUCACACCUGAGAGAACUGGAUCUGACUGAUAAUAGUCUGAGAGACUCAGGAAUGAAGCGUCUCUGUGCUGUACUGGAGAAUCCUCACUGUAAACUGGAGGCACUGGGGUUGUGUGAUUGUGGUGUCUCAGAUGAAGGCUGUGCUGCUCUGAGUUCAGCUCUGAGAUCAAACCCCUCACACCUGAGACAACUGGAUCUGACUAAUAAUAAUCUGGGAGACUCAGGAGUGAAGCGUCUCUGUGCUGUAUUGGAGAAUCCUCACUGUAAACUGGAGACGCUAGGGUUGUGUGGUUGUGGUGUCUCAGAAGAAGGCUGUGCUGCUCUGAGUUCAGCUCUGAGAUCAAACCCCUCACACCUGAGAUACCUGGAUCUGUCUGAUAAUAAUCCGGGAGACUCAGGAGUGAAGCAUCUCUGUGCUGUACUGGAGAAUCCUCACUGUAAACUGGAGUCACUGGGGUUGCGUGGUUGUGGUGUCUCAGAUGAAGGCUGUGCUGCUCUGAGUUCAGCUCUGAGAUCAAACCCCUCACACCUGAGAGAACUGGAUCUGUCUAAUAAUAAUCUGGGAGACUCAGGAGUGAAGCGUCUCUGUGCUGUACUGGAGAAUCCUCACUGUAAACUGGAGACACUGAGGCCCUGUCCACACGGCAACGGAUUCAGGUUUACUGUCCAAACGAGAUCACAUGGGAUUAUCUUUCACAGGUUGUGGCGUUGUGGUGUCUCAGAUGAAGGCUGUGCUGCUUUGAGUUCAGCUCUGAGAUCAAACCCCUCACACCUGAGAGAACUGGAUCUGACUGAUAAUCUGGGAGACUCAGGAGUGACUCAUGAGCUCUGUGCUGUACUGGAGAAUCCUCACUGUAAACUGGAGACACUGGGGUUGUGUGGUUGUGGUGUCUCAGAUGAAGGCUGUGCUGCUCUGAGUUCAGCUCUGAGAUCAAACCCCUCACACCUGAGAUACCUGGAUCUGUCUGAUAAUAAUCUGGGAGACUCAGGAGUGAAGCGUCUCUGUGCUGUACUGGAGAAUCCUCACUGUAAACUGGAGACACUGAGGUUGUGGCGUUGUGGUGUCUCAGAUGAAGGCUGUGCAGCUCUGAGUUCAGCUCUGAGAUCAAACCCCUCACACCUGAGAGACCUGGAUCUGUCUAAUAAUAAUCUGGGAGACUCAGGAGUGAAGCGUCUCUGUGCUGUACUGGAGAAUCCUCACUGUAAACUGGAGACACUGGGGUAAGAUCAUCUCUCUGAGAGUCACAUGACCUGCUCCUCAGUAAGACACAUUCUCUAAUAGUGAGACUGA